AUGUAUCAAACUAACGAUGAAGAAACUGAUGCCACUUACCAAAUCGGAGAGAAUGUUUUUAUACCUAUUUUAAAAGUAAUAAAACGACACCACGUAGAACUACUCAUGAAACGGUACGAUAUGGGUACCUACAUCAUGUUUGAACACCAACUGGAAAAUUGGAGAGACAGUAUUGGACUACUGUUAGUGAACCAAUGUACCAAUAAUUUUUCUUCAUUCAGCAAUAUAAGCACUUCGCCAUCUAAGUCGCGUAUAGUUUCUAGAGAGAGUACACCUACUCGCUUCAUGCCCUACGAAAGACCAACUACCCCAGAAGAAUACAUUUCUUUAGCUGGUAUCUUGAAUGCAACUCACAAAGGUUUAAUGCUUACAGAAUACUAUACAAAGUUUAAUAAGUUUAAAGAGGAGCAGCGUAUUCUUCUGGUAGGCUUAAUCGCAGGUUAUUAUGAAGAAAAGUCGCUUCAAUUGACCUUAGCAUUAAGUCACCGUUUAGAACAGGAAAUUUUGGAGCGGUUCCCUACAGAAAAAUUGGAAUUUUAUCGUGUUGCUAAAAGAGGCAAAAUUUAUAAUAAAUACUGCAACAUGAAAUCUACUUUUAAAUCAGCUGUAUCUGGCCACGUUGUACAAUCAAAAUCAAAAACCAAAGAAAAGGAAACUCGGCACGAAAAAACUUUUGAACCUAAAGACAAUGCAGAAAGUUGCAUUCGUUGUUUGAAAUAUGAUAAUUUGAGUGUUGAGGAAUUCGACCAAUGUUGGAGGGCAUGUUCUAGAUAUCGCUUGACUCAAAUAAAUAAUCUUGCUUCAACAAAAUCUAUAAUGGAAACAUGGCCCUUUAAUAAAACUCCUUCAGGAUAUCGUUUGAUUGACAUAGACUAUAAAAUUUCUUUUGAUGACAACGAUGGCCUUAUUUCAAAGUGGGAUAAUUAUUUUGAUAAACUUGUUAAGUUUUUAUCAAGCGAUGGACACAUAAAAGAUAAGAAAAUUAAAACAAUGGUAGAUAAUGUAAGGAAAACUCCUGAUUUAUCCGAAAACGGAAAAAAUGCGGCAAUUUUUUGGGCGUUACAUGGCUACUUCGUUCCAACAAAAUUGGUUGUCCUAAAGAAAGAUGACAAGAAAACAAACACCAAAUAUACCAUUAAGGACUCUCAAGAAUCUUUUGUAUUUAUAGGAAAAUCACAGCAAGAAGUAGAAGACCAUCUCCUUCACAUAAAGAGCAUGAAGAUGUCUAUUCAGCCGUUCAUAUGUUGCGUUGAAAACAAAAACCCAUCAGCAAAUGAUCAACUACCUAAUGCUUGGAUUAAUUAUUUAAUAAAUGAUGUACUUGCCGUUUCUGGCCCUAGUUCAAGAAGUGAUGUAAUUUUAGCAUCUGAUGGAUCGGUCAAAGAUACUCCCUCAAAGCUAUUGGAUAAAAUUAAUCCAGUGCCUUGUGCCAAUAAGUUACAAACAAUAAAGAGAAAAGCUCAAACUGUAGCAACUGUUUUAAGCUCUCCAGAAAGUAUUGAUUCCCUGAAAAAGAAAAAAAGAGAAAAAUAG